AUCUGAUACGAACAAUAAGGUCUUCUGAAAAAUGGAUAAACACUCUGAGAUUAAACUGAAUGGGGAUGAGGUUACUGCUGUCUCUAAUGAUGGUGGUGAAAAUACAACCAUUUUCAUUCAAGUUAGAAGAUCACAGAGAAAAAGUAAGAAAAAAAGUGACCCAAGUUUCAUCGGAGAUGAGAAGGUUCAAGACCUUAGAGCUGAUGAGGAGCCUGUAAUUUUUGAGGUGUGUGAAGUUUCUGGUGAAGUGAAAGGUGGCAAUGAUCCGGAAAAAGAGGAAGAACUUCAAAAAGAGGCAACCAUUAAUACAAAAUCAGAUGAAGUCCCUGAAGAAAAUCUUGGUGAUGAAGAUGGGGAUGAAGAUGUUGAUUGGGAAGCAUUCAACAAAGAAUAUCCUGAACUUAGUGAGACAGAGCACAAAGGAAAAUAUGGUUGCAAAGACUGCUCAAAGUCUUUUCACCACAAAAAUGAUUUAGUGCGCCACAUGAAUAUCCAUAACGGAACCAAACCGUACACCUGCGAUACCUGCGGGAAAACCUUUUUACGCAGUGACUAUUUGCGGCUACAUGUCAUCAAGCAUCAAGGAAUAAAGCCUCUUAAGUGUGACCUGUGUGAACGGCGUUUUUAUGACCGUUCAAACCUACGACAACAUAUGAGAACCCACACUGGCGAAAAGCCGGCUAUGUGCCCCUAUUGCCCGCAUCGGUGUUCCCAGCUCUCGGAUAUGAGGAAACAUUUGACUAUUCAUACGAAAGAGAAAGCGUUCCAAUGUGACACUUGUGGUAAGACUUUCUCACUGAAGACUGGAUUAGUAGCCCAUCAGCGGUUACAUACGGGAGAACGGCCGUUCGCUUGCGAGUAUUGUCCUAAGCGUUUUCGCGACCACACGUCAAUGCGGAGACAUCGACGAAUCCAUACAGGCGAUAAGCCUUUCUUGUGCACUCAAUGUGGCAAGACUUUCACCCAAGUUGCAAACAUGAAGCGGCAUAUGCUGACGCACACGGCUGAGAGUAAAGGCCGGCUUUAUCCAUGUCCUUUUUGCGGUGUUGAGCUUGCUUCUAAAAGCGAUGUACGUAGCCACGUGGCCAAAGAGCACGAGCAAAAGAAAGAGAGCCAGCAGACUAAGACAGCUGAAUCUUCGGUUGUAGAAGAUGUCCGAAAUGGGGAAACUAAGAAUGAAUUCAUAACUGUUUACCCCAAUGAAGAUCAGUCUUCCAAAACAAAUGAUGAGGGCGAUGAGGCACACGUUUGUAACUUGUGUGGCAAAACAUUUCCAUUAGAUGCCAGCCUUCAGGAGCAUGUUAGGACACACCUAAAUGCAUCUUCUAAAGAUUUUCAGUGCGAAACAUGUGGCAAGACGUUUUGUCAAGCAUCGUCUCUAAAGGCGCAUCAACUAGUUCACUCGGGAUUGAAACCUCACACUUGCAAUGUUUGCCAAGCAAGUUUCCGCAAAACGCAUCAUCUCCGCCGUCAUUAUCUCGUUCACACAGGCGAGCGCCCUUAUCAAUGUGAUUUCUGUGACCGUACCUUUACUAGCAGCGGCAAUCUAAACAAACAUCGCGCCAUUCAUCUGGGGGAGAAAAACUUUGAGUGCGAGUUCUGCUCAAAGAAGUUUACACAGUCUUCCAAUUUGUCCAAACAUCGAGCCAUUCAUUUAAGACAACAAGCAGUUGUUGAAGAGAAUGGUCAAUCCGGGGAUGCACUUCUUGGGGUCGCCUCCAGCGCAAUCGUAGCAAAAAGGGGUCGAGCAGGGAAGAAAAAAAAUGUUGAGAGUUUGGUGGGCAAGCCACUGGCCACGACUAUUGAUGAACUCCAACAGGAAGAAUCCGAAGGGCAUGCAGCAGUCCUUCAUAUUGUAGGCACAGCAGAUGAAACCCAAAACGAUCAUGAAGCUGAAGUUUCAUAUGUUACGCUGUCUGAUGGUGAUAUCAUUAUCGAAAUUUGAUUUCGUUUGUCGGCGGUAUAACGUAUAUCCUGUUUACUCGUUCCCAUUAUAACAUUGGAAACCUGUUGUUUACCUUGCACUCUCAAAUUGUGCAUUCACGUUUGUAUGCCCGUGUCACAAGACAAUUGCCACUAAUUGAAUAGGAACAGUAUUCGGAAGUUUUGCCAAGUUGUGUACCAGUGUCGAAAUACAUGAUCCAUGGUGACCUUCA